AUGGUUCUGUUCAAUUUGUGGGCACAAAACAGAGACGCCGCCUAUUGGGAAGAUCCAGAUAUUUUCAAUCCAGACCGUUUCUUAACAAACAACAAACUGAAAAACGAACGCUUCAACAGCUACGUUCCAUUUGGACAAGGACGUAGAAUGUGUUUGGGAGAAAAACUAGCUAUGGCCGAUCUCUUUCUUAUUAUCGUUCGUCUUCUACAACAGUGCCAGAUCAUUCUUCCAGAUGGCGCUGGAUCUGCACGUUUAGACCCACAACCUGCCGCUCUUGUUAGUGUUCCCUUUCCAUUUAAAAUUGUGGUUAAGCCUAGAAACGGAUUAGCUAACUAA